AUGCUUAUAGUUGGAAUGACAGGGAGUGGUAAAACCCAGUUUCUCCUUGACAUGCUAGAGACAGAGUACAAUAGAGUUUUCGACUACAUUAUCAUUGUAUGUCCAACAGUAGAAUGGAAUACAACUUAUCUCAACUGGAGCCACCUUAGCGAUCACGGGGUUAUUCAAAUUCCCUGUUCACAAGAGAUAAUCAACCAUGUUCUCAAGGCGGAUUCCACCAUAUUCCGCGGAACUAAUAUUCUCAUCAUAGUGGACGACUGCGCGGCAAGUAAAGCUGUGAAGAAAAGGGUUUCCGAAUUGGUGCGCUUAGCAUUCUCCGCAAGUAUUACAUCUGUCAUUGAACUUACACAACAAUUAUUCUCAGUAGCUAAGUCCUUCAGAGAGAACAUCUCCAGGCUAGUUACAUUCUACAACCCCAGUCUCAAAGAUAUGAAGGUCAUAACAGAUGAUUACCUAAAUGAUGUACCACAGAAGAAAAUCACAGAAAUCACAAAUAUCCUGAGAGAUGAAAAGUUCACCGCACUAGAUAUACUACUUAUUCACCCUUACACUUACACUAUCCGCUAAACACCGCGUAACAUAUAGAUGGCUACCGCAGAAUCUGAUGACGAAUUAUUUGAAGCCGCAUUAAGAGAUGUGGAAGAAGCCGCAAAGUUGCUACCAAAAAAGAAGCCCACCGCAAGUAAGUCGCAAACUGAACAGAAAAGGGAGAAACUUAUUGAAUUGUCGAAGGAUGGCGUUGUGAAGAAAUCCGCAAACUUUAUAAGGAAAGCCAAUAAGGGUGUUGUCGAGAAACUGUACCAUGACUAUGAGGAAGAAAGAAUGUCAUUUGCGGGUGACUUCUUAUCAACACUCGUUAUCUCCAAGUUUGCGUCAGUACUAGGAAGUCUAAAUGCAGUGGAAUCAUCAGAGAAACUAUCAGAGGAACUACUUAGUGAUAAACCCCUGAAGGAUGACGUGGCAUACCUCACAAGAACGAUAUCUCCCAGUAUCCCUUUCAUAGGACUCAUAUCAGGUGGCUGUACAACGGCAAAACAUGUGGUUAAGCAUAAGUGGUCUAAACCUACGGUAGUACAUACAGAAUGCCCCAAAGCGGAGAACCGUUCGUCUGCGAAGGAACAGAAUCCGAAGACAUAA